CAGGUAUUGAGGUUAUACAUGUCUUAUAAUCAUCAAAAUAAUAGUUAAGAAUACGGAAAUAUAGGAAAGGUUAUUAACAAAGAAAUGGACGUCCAAAAUGUUAAACAAGAAAUAGAUAACCACGAUGAUUUCCUGUUAAAUAUCGAUAUAAAAAAAGACUUAAUUGACGAAGUAUCUGCAAUAAAAAUUCAAAGUACAAUUAAUGAACAAAUAAAUGAAAUUCAUUCAAUCAAACAUGAAAUCGACGAUGACUUGAUUACAAAUAAAAUAUUUGAUAACAAUGUGGAUGCAACUAAUAAAACAAAAAGCAACAUUUCGAGUACUCAAUUCAUACCAAACAAACCGGGAUAUUCGAAAAUUGCCCUUGCAGGGUUGAUAAGAUAUGGAAAAUAUUUGCAGCCAAAUGCUAUGGGGCUAAUGAUAUGUGUAUAUUGUGGGAAAUUAUACACAAAACAAGUGGAAUUAUUAUGCCACAUAACAAUAAAUCAUUGUAUAAAAGGAAACAAUUUUUAUAAGAUGAAAAUUCACCAUAAAAUUAGAAGUGGUACAUGUAUUAUGAAAAAUAUUGAUAUAAAAGAUGAAAUUGAAGAAACUGAUGAAAACUUCAAGACACAUUUGCCUGGUCAUUCAGGAGAAAAGCCAUUCAAAUGUGAUAUUUGUUUGAAAAAUUUUUCACGUAAGGGAAACUUGAAGUCACAUUUGCGUAGUCAUACAGGAGAAAAGCCAUUCAAAUGUGAUAUUUGUUUAAAAACUUUUUCAGAUAGCAGUUAUUUAAAGACACAUUUGCGUAAUCAUACAGGAGAAAAGCCAUUCAAAUGUGAUAUUUGUUUGAAACCAUUUUCACGGAAAAUUAAUUUGAAGACACAUUUACGUUAUCAUACAGGGGAAAAGCCAUUCAAAUGUGAAAUUUGUUUGAAAAAUUUUUCGCAUAAAAGUCACUUGAAGGUACAUAUGAGUAGUCAUACAGGAGAAAAGCCAUUUAAAUGUGAUAUUUGUUUGAAAACUUUUCCACAUAAAGGUAACUUGAAGAAACAUUUGCGUUAUCAUACAGGAGAAAAACCAUUCAAAUGUGAUAUUUGUUUUAAAACUUUUACACAGUCCAAUGAUUUGAAAAGACAUUUGCGUAGUCAUACAGGAGAAAAGCCAUUCAAAUGUGACAUUUGUUUGAAAACUUUUUCAGAUAGGAGUAAUUUGAAGACACAUAUGCGUAGUCAUACAGGAGAAAAGCCAUUCAAAUGUGAUAUUUGUUUUAAAAUGUUUUCACAGUCAAGUGAUUUGAAGACACAUUUCCGUAGUCAUACAGGAGAAAAGCCAUUCAAAUGUGACAUUUGUUUGAAAAAUUUUUCACGUAUUGGAAACUUAAAGUCACAUUUGCGAAGCCAUACUGGAGAGAAGCCAUUCAAAUGUGACAUUUGCUUAAAAACUUUUUCAGAUAGCAGUUAUUUAAAGAUACAUUUGCGUAGUCAUACAGGAGAGAAGCCAUUCAAAUGUGAUAUUUGUUUGAAACCAUUUUCAUCGAAAAUUAACUUGAAAACACAUUUGAAUAUACAUACAGGAGAAAAGCCAUUCAAAUGUGACAUUUGUUUGAAAAAUUUUUCACGUAAAGGAAACUUGAAGACACAUUUGCGUUGUCACACAGGAGAAAAGCCAUUCAAAUCAGUUGAGAAACAACAAAUCAUUUUCCAAAAAUUCUUGGAAAAGGGCUACACUCAAAUAAAAUUAGACAGCAUGAUAAAAGAGCACGGAAAUACAGGAAAGGUUAUUAACAAAGAAAUGGAUGUCCAAAAUGUUAAAGAAGAAAUAGGUAAACACGAUGAUUUCCAGUUAAAUAUCGAUAUAAAAAAAGACUUAAUUGACGAAGUAUCUGAAAUAAAAAUUCAAAGUACAAUUAAUGAACAAAUAAAUGAAAUUCAUUCAAUCAAACAAGAAAUCGACGAUGACUUGAAUACAAAUAAAAUAUUUGAUAACAAUGUGGAUGCAACUAAUAAAACAAAAAGGAACAUUUCGAGUACUAAAUUAAUACUAAACAAACCGGGAUAUUCGAAAGUUGCCCAUAAAAAGGGAAUUAAAUCAAAAAUUGCAGGGUUGAUAAGAGAUGGAAAAUAUUUGCAGCCAAAUGCUAUGGGGUUAAUGAUAUGUGUAUAUUGUGGGAAAUUAUACACAAAACAAAUGGAAUUGUUAUGCCACAUAAAAAUCAAUCAUUGUAUAAAAGGAAACAAUUUUUAUAAGAUGAAAAUUCACCAUAAAAUUAGAAGUGGUACAUGUAUUAUGGAAAAUAUUGAUAUAAAGGAUGAAAUUGAAGUAAUUGAACAUGAAAUGAAAGUGGAUCUGCAAGAUACUACAAACCAGUUGGAUGUUACCAAUAAUUUGAACUCAAGUGUAAAUAAGGGUUUGAAAUCAAUUCAAACCAAUUCAAAUAAGCAUUCACAUACUUACACAAAGAUAAAGCCAUUAAAAUGUGAUAUUGGUAGGAAACUUUUUUCUUCUGAAAAUAAUUCAAAUACACAUAUGUAUAGUCACAAGAGAGAAAAGCCAUUUAAGUGUGAUAUUUGUUACAACACUUUUUCACAGAAAAGUAGCUUGAACACACAUUUGCGUAGCCAUACAGGAGAAAAGCCAUUCAAAUGUGACAUUUGUUUGAAACCAUUUUCUCGGAAACAUGUUUUGAAGACACAUUUGCGUUAUCAUACAGGAGAAAAGCCAUUUAACUGUGACAUUUGUUUGAAAAAGUUUUCACAUAAAAGUCACUUGAAGGUGCAUAUGCGUAGUCAUACAGGAGAAAACCCAUUCAAAUGUGACAUUUGUUUAAAAACUUUUCCACAUAAAGGUAACUUAAAAAAACAUUUGCGUUAUCAUACAGGAGAAAAGCCAUUCAAAUGUGACAUUUGCUCGAAAACUUUUUCACAGUCAAUUGAGUUGAAGGCACAUUUGCGAAGUCAUACAGGAGAAAAGCCAUUCAAAUGUGACAUUUGCUUAAAAACUUUUUCACGUGAAGAAAACUUCAAGACACAUUUGCGUGGUCAUUCAGGAGAAAAGCCAUUCAAAUGUGACAUUUGUUUGAAAAAUUUUGCACGUAAGGGAAACUUGAAGUCACAUUUACGUAGUCAUACAGGUGAAAAGCCAUACAAAUGUGACAUCUGUUUAAAAACUUUUUCAGAUAGCAGUAAUUUAAAAACACAUUUGCGUUGUCAUACUGGAGAAAAGCCUUUCAAAUGUGAUAUUUGUUUGAAACCAUUUUCAUCAAAAAUUAAUUUGAAGACACAUUUGAAUAUCCAUACAGGAGAAAAACCAUUCAAAUGUGACAUUUGUUUGAAAAAUUUUUCACGCAAAGGAAACUUGAAGACACAUUUGCGUGGCCAUACAGAAGAAAAGCCACUCAAAUGUGAAAUUUGAUUCAAAACUUUUUCACAUAAAGCUCACAUUUCUUUUUUCAACCCCUUUUUUAUUUACAAUCUGUAAAAUUUUACAAUGAUCAAAUGGUUUAAAGCAAUAUGAAUGGUCUUGUAGGAGAAUCACCCAGUGGCAAUUUCCCUUCACUUAAAAAAUAUCGUUUGAUUGAAGAAUAACCACACAUCACAAAAUGACACUAAAAUCUGUCAGGCAGGUCACAUGGAAGAUGCCUUUUAAGCCUUCUCUGGGUGGAAGGUCUCAUUAGAGGUUGAGGCAAUGUGUUGGGAUGGGCUUCCAUGCGGUAAGAAUAUUUUUGGGAAAAGUGUGAUAUUUCUUCUUUGACUGACUUAAUUUGGAGGUCAAUGCUGUUGGGUACUUACCAUAGAGCAUUUACAAUAAUAGGAAUACUUUUUAUUGAAAUAUUUCUAGAAUUGCUAUACUUGAAUUGGAUACAGUGCUCCAUCGUUGAAUACCAUAACUCCAGAUGGGUUUUAAUGAAACUUUGUAUAUUAGCAGCUUGUUGCCAAUUGUUAGUUGAUAUUUUCGACCUGUUAACCAGUACAGUUUGCUAAGUUUUAGACCUAGUUGCUUUCCUUUGGUUAGUAUGUGUGUGCUCCAGGUUAAUCGUCGGUCCGGAUGAAUUCCAAGGUAUUUUGCACUCUCUUUUUGUUGCAGUAGAUGCCUUUUUAAUAUUACAGUUGGACAGGUUCCUAUUGGGUGUAUGUAACAUGCACAUAUUUAUUUCCAUUUACUUUUAUUCCCAAAAUUUUUAGCCACAAGGAAACGACAAGUUGGUCUGCAAUAUAUGAGAGGCCAUAGCCGGGUAUUGUUGAGAUGCUAGCGUGGUAGUGUCUGCAUAUGUUGCGGUAGUUACAUUGUUGUGUAUGGGAAUAUCAGCUGUGUACAUAAGAUAGAGAAUCGGGCCAAGUGCGCUUCCCUGUGGAACUCCUACUAUAAUUUGAUGUAGGUUGGUGAUGUAAUAUAGGAUUUUGACUUGAAAGUGUCUGUUCUGCAAGUAGGAAUUUAGGAUUUGGAAAAGGUUGUGUGGGAGGAUUUUCCUGAUUUUAUAUAGUAGUCAAUAGAGCCAGACCCUGUCGAAUGCCUGAGCGAUAUCUAAAAAGGCCGCCGAACAGUAUUCUUUACCUUCAAAAGAUUGGUUCACUUUUUUUGUGACUCGAUGAACUUGUUAUAUGGGGGCACAUUGCUCUCUAAAUCCAAAUUAGUGGUUAGGUAUUAGUCUGGUGGCUUCUAGGAUCGGUUCUAUUUUCUCAAUCAGUAGUUUUUCAAGAAGUUUUGACAUAACUGCUAAUAGGCUUAUUGGUAUGUAAUAUGUAGUGUCUUCAAGGGUUUCCUUGGUUUAGGGAUUAGUAUAAUUUGGGCCACCUUCCGCAACCUUGGAAAAUAACCCGUUCUUAAUACUUCAUUGUACAGUUAUGUUAGAAAUCAGUCCCUUAUUUGAUAGUUCCUUCAGGAUUUUGACAUUAAUUAGGUCAUAUCCGGAAGAUUUUUUGGGAUUUAACUGUUGUAUCGAUAAUUUGUUGUAUAUCGUUUAUUGUGUACUACAAUAUUUUUGACCCUGAACAAUUUUUGGCGUUAUUUCAACCUAAAAAUAAGUGAGUUUUAGUGAUUUAUGUGGAUUGUUACAGAUACAAGAUUAAUAUUAACAAAUUCUUGAUAAUUUCUGUUUAGGUGGAACAGCCUAUAAUUAGAAGCUAAAUGCGAAAAGGCCAAUUACUGGGUGGUUUACCCCAGAUGUAUAGAUAAAUAAAUAAUGAAAAACCAUUUAAUUAUAAUAUUUGUUUGAAACAUUUUUCUAAUAAAGUAAAUAUGUGUAGUUACAGGAAAUUAAUCAAUUCUUCAUCAUUAUUAAAUGCGUUUUUUACAUAUUGUUUGUUUUAUUGUCUUCACAUCAUUUAAUUUGGAAAGAUUUCCGUAGAAACUGUAGAUUUACUGGUACUAACUCCAAGUGAAAACUCUUAACUGCCGCCUAGCUGGCCAUAAGUGUUCGUUAUGACUGAAAUAGAGUAACACUUCUGUGAGGAAAGAGUAUUUAGAAUCUGACCAAAAUGAUCAACCUGUUGUUUUUGAUGAUG